AUGUCAAUGUUAAACAGUGACGAGCCUCCUCCCCCGCCGUACAGUUUCGUCGGGUCAUCACAACUCUCUCCUGCACCAUCUGUUCCUCACUCGCCUCCACCAUAUCAUCAUCUUCUGUCGUCAGGCCAGGGGGGGUUGUCGCAAGCUCAACAACCGCAAUCGUUCUCGAACAGCGCCCAGUUGGGAACUGUUGAUAAUAGCAGACCUUCCAGACGGCCGGAGCGGAUACCAUCUCACAGUCAGAAUGCAGGGCAAAAUGAAAAUGCAUACUGGGCGCCGCGCCAAAGGCAGGAGGAAGUCAGACUCCGACAGGGCGACCUUGUGAUUCUUAUGAUGGGACACACAGGGUCGUUGAAGAGCAGUUUUAUCUCUCUGUUCGCCGACGGGCAGAGUGCUCCUAUCGGUCACAGCCUCACAGGAUACAACAUCGAAAUCUACCCCUACCAAAUUGACCAGAAAACACGAGUGAUCCUCGUAGACACCCCAGGCUUCAACAAAGCAAACAGAAGCGAUACCACCACUCUCAGCUCCAUCGCCAACUUCCUGUGCGCAUGGACGGCCCCCGCCCUGCGCAACCUACGUAUGAUGAAAAAACUCUGUGGCGCUGGCAAUUUAUCCCACGCAAUCAUGACAACGAAUAUGUGGGGGAAACUACACACGUUCGAUGAGGGUGUAGCUCUCGAGAAGCAACUACGCGACCGCUACUGGAGCAGUAUACUCAGCCACGGCGGCAUGAUGAUGCGUCAUGACGGCAGCAAGCGAUCGGCGCAGGAGAUUAUCAAAGCCUGCCUCCUGCGCAGCCAAAAGCCAAUCCAGCCCCUGGACAUCCAGCGGGAAAUGGUGAUACAGGGCCAGCGGCUGGGCGACACGAUGGUGGGUCGAGAACUGUAUGCGGAAAUCAGAGAGGAGAGGCAACGGUACGCCGGUGAACUUGCUGCGCUGUGCGAGGAACUGGAUGAGGCACUCCGAAGGAAGGAUUUCGAUCACGGCCGCGUGCUCGGGGAGACGAAGGAGCAGCUACACAGGAAGUUGAGACUUGUAGAGAAGAGUGGGAAAAUGUUGAGGAGGAAUUUCCAGCGGUUGGCGGAUGAAGUGCGUGCGCGGGAGGAUGGUCAGAAAAGGGGGAAGAAGAAAUCUUUCGGACGGACGGCACUGGGGAUUGGAGUGGGGACAAUUGUGGGCUUGACGACGGGGUUUUUUAUUUGCUGA